CUUUUCUAUUGUAGUAAACAUUAAGCUAUGAUUGGAGUAAGCUUAUAAAGAGUGGUGCUAACUUGUCCAGAAGGGUUUACACUUUGUCAUAGUAUGACUGGUCAAUGUUACCAUACAACUGAUAAAUGUGAUAAGUUACAAUGGUGUAAAUAUGGCCUAGCAGACUAUAUAGCUGUUUGUCAAGGUCCCGUUGAUGAAGGCUUUCAGAAAUGCAAAGAUGGCUACCAUUGGUAUCCAAUAAAACAAGCAUGUAAUUAUCAUAACUGGUGCACAGACAAAACCGAUGAAGACCCUGACAUGUGUAAAGCGUUUCUUUGUCCAGAAGGAACAGUAAAGUGUAACGACGGAAGACAUUGCGGAGUAAACCAGUCGAGAUGUGAUUAUGCUAAGGAGAUGGCAAAUAAAUAAAUUUGGUGUGAC